AGCCUAGCCGCUUAGCUUUAGCUUCACGCCGCCGCAGACUCACCGCUGACCUCCGCUUCCAAACAUGGCUGGUGUACGAGCCCUUGGUGUGCUUUCCAGGCUAACAUCUCGGAAAUACGCCCUCUUCACAGGUAACAGUUUCCGGUCAUUUUCAGUAGCGCCUGCCAUGCUGGCCCGAACUCACGUUAACUAUGAAGUCAAGGGUGACGUUGCAGUUAUACGGAUCAACGACCCCAACUCAAAGGUGAACACACUCUCGGUCCAGAUGCAAAAGGAGAUGACAGAAGUGAUGGGUGAAGUUUGGGCGAAUGAUGCUGUUCAAAGUGCCGUCCUCAUCUCCUCCAAACCCGGCUGUUUUAUUGCAGGAGCUGAUAUCAAUAUGAUCCAGGCCUGUAACAGUGAGGAGGAGGUCACCAAACUGUCUCAGGCAGGACAGAAGAUGUUUGAACAAGUGGAAAAGUCUCCAAAGCCCAUUGUAGCUGCGAUCAAUGGCUCCUGUUUAGGAGGAGGCCUGGAGUUUGCCAUUGCGUGUCAUUACAGAAUCGCCACAAAGAGCAAAAAGACGGUGCUGGGGACGCCUGAAGUGAUGCUGGGGCUGCUCCCUGGAGCUGGAGGCACUCAGAGGCUCCCCAAAAUGGUCGGUCUUCCUGGGGCCUUUGACAUGAUGCUGACCGGCAGAAACAUCAGAGCAGACAAAGCAAAGAAGAUGGGACUCAUUGACCAGCUUGUCGACCCUCUUGGACCUGGCCUAAAGAGUCCAGAGGAACGCACCAUAGAAUAUCUUGAAGAAAUCGCUGUUGAAUGUGCCCGAGGAAUUUCCAACAAGAAAAUCUCUCUCCACAAACCAAAGGGCACCAUGCAGAAAAUUCAGGACUACAUCAUGAGUUUUGAGUUCGUAAGAAAUCAGAUCUACAAAACGGUCCACGGGAAAGUCAUGAAGCAAAGCAAAGGCCUGUAUCCAGCUCCCCUCAAAAUCAUAGAAUGUGUAAAGUCAGGAGUGGAGCAAGGUCCUGUAGCUGGUUACUUGGCAGAGUCUCAGAAUUUUGGAAAGCUGGCUCGCACAUCUGAAUCGGCUGCUCUGAUUGGUCUGUAUCACGGUCAAGUUGCCUGUAAAAAGAACCGCUUUGGAACGCCACAGAAGGAAGUCAAGACUCUUGCCAUCCUCGGAGCUGGUCUGAUGGGCGCAGGCAUCGCUCAGGUCACUGUGGACAAAGGGGUACACACAAUCCUAAAGGACACGGCGGAGGCUGGACUGGCCCGGGGGCAGCAGCAGGUCUACAAAGGACUAAACGACAAAACGAAGAAGAGGAGCAUUACGUCGUUUGAGCGGGACUCGAUCCUCUCUAACCUGACAGGGCAGCUGGACUACAGUGGCUUUGAGAAGGCCGACAUGGUGAUCGAGGCUGUGUUUGAGGACUUGAAGAUCAAACACGCUGUGCUCAAAGAAGUGGAGGCGGCGGUGUCUCCUCACUGUAUAUUUGCCAGUAACACAUCAGCUCUGCCCAUCAAAGACAUCGCCGCUGCCAGCAAGAGGCCAGACAAGGUGAUCGGGAUGCAUUACUUCUCUCCUGUGGAUAAAAUGCAGCUGUUGGAAAUCAUAACGACGGAGCAGACGUCCAAAGACACAACCGCCUCAGCCGUCGCGGUGGGGCUCAAACAGGGGAAAGUCAUCAUCGUAGUCGGGGAUGGACCAGGCUUCUACACUACAAGAUGUUUGGCUCCCAUUUUGGCUGAAGCGAUCAGAGUAAUGCAGGAAGGAUCUAACCCUAAGAAGCUGGAUGGUUUGACCACUAGCUUUGGUUUUCCCGUUGGUGCGGCAACACUCAUCGACGAAGUGGGAAUCGAUGUGGCGGCUCAUGUGGCGGAGGACCUUGGGAAAGCAUUCGGAGAGCGGUUUGGAGGAGGCAACGUGGAAGUGCUGCAGACCAUGGUGGACCUGGGAUACAAAGGUCGUAAAUCUGGAAAAGGCUGCUAUAUUUACCAACCAGGUCUAAAAGUGAAAGAACUCAACUCUGGUAUUGACGAAAUUCUUGAGAAAUACAAACUGAACCCAAAUCCUGCUGUCUCGUCAGACUCGGAUAUCCAGUACCGGCUCAUCUCUCGGUUUGUGAACGAGGCCCUGUUGUGUCUACAGGAGGGGAUCCUGAACAGUCCACUAGAGGGCGAUGUUGGCGCUGUGUUCGGACUGGGCUUCCCUCCCUGUCUUGGAGGUCCUUUCCGUUACGUGGACAGCUUUGGCGCAGACAAGCUUGUGGCAAAGAUGAGACAGUUUGAGGCGGUUUACGGAAGCCCGUUUACGCCGUGCCAACUUCUGCUCGACCAUGCCAACGAUCCCAGCAAAAGGUUUUACAAGUGAACACGUAACGACGCUAGAAUCUGAAGCACUUCAUGAUGACACAACUCCAGUCUGCCACUAAAAUGUGCCUCUCGUUUUGUCAAAAAGUGGAGACAAAAUGGUCACAGUGCUGCUGUUUUGUACCUUGAAAUGAAAAUUGAUUAACUUAAAUGGGCGUAGCUAACGGUCAUUCAGUGCAGUUGUAAAGAAAAGAACUCAAAGCUUGUGUCUUUUAACUCAAACGAAUGUCCAAGUGUCUUUAUUUUGUACAUUAAGGCUUGGUUUAUGUAUAUGUCUAAGAAUAAAAUUUUGUUAAUGAA